UACUUCAUGUUUUACUUCUGUUUUCUUGUAUUUUCUUUUUUCUUGCUGCUUCUCCUCUUUCACCUUCAGCUAAAUCAAGACCUAAGCAGCAUAGCCAUGGAUAUCUAUUUCAACCAGAAAAACUUAAGCCUCAUUGGAGUCCCACCUCAAAGAGAAGUUCCAAGCUUUCAGAAAGAGUUCCUGCUUGAUGAAAAAGAACAGCUUGCUAACCACAGAAGAGAAAUUGAUGCUAAGCUUUUGUCUGCACUUCCUAAAGUUGCAGAAUUAAGAAAAAUCUUUGAACCAAAGAGAAAAGAAUUUUUAGAAAUGAAAAGAAAAGAAAGAAUUGCCAGGCGCUUAGAAGGAAUUGAAACGGACACACAGCCCAUCCUCUUGCAGAGCUGCCCCGGAUUAGUGACUCAUCGGCUGCUGGAGGAAGACACGCCCAGAUACAUGCGAGCCUCGGACCCUGCCAGCCCCCACAUCGGCAGAUCAAACGAAGAGGAAGAAACUUCUGACUCUUCGUCAGAGAAGCAGGCACGGCCUAAACCCUGCCCAGAAACCUCAGUCCGUGGUGAUUCUUCCUAUGGCGCGGGUGCCAUGGACCCCCAGGGUCUUGAGUCCAAAGCAGAAAGAAUUGCAAGGUACAAGGCAGAGAGGAGACGGCAGCUGGCCGAGAAAUACGGGCUAACUCUGGAUCCUGCAGCCGACUCAGAAUCUCUCUUUCGGUACACCAAGCCCAGGAAGGCCCCUGAUGCUGCUGAGGAAAGGGGAGGGAAAGGUGAUAGACAGGUGGGAUCCAGCAGAGAUGCGAGCUCUGCCUCCUCCAGGGCCUGCACGGCUGAACCCAAAGACUAUGUCCUCCGCGGGAGUGAUGGGGUGUCCGACACAGAGGAGCUGCUCAACGUGGAAAACCAAAGUCGAGGUCAAGAGCUGAGUGCCACUGAGCAGGCCCAUGACCUGCCCCCCGAGGUGGAAAGUUCCUCAUCCUUCCCAUUCUCCAGGCGGGACUGCGCCUUCAGCGAAGUGCCAAGGUCCCCAAAGCACCUGCAUGGUGUGCCCCUCUCCUCGCCUCGGCUGCCGCCCUCCCCGAGCCACUCAGCCUGCGACCCGGCCUGCCCCCAGGAGGUACUGUCCAGAACAGGGAAACCCAAACACGAGUGGUUUCUCCAGAAAGAUUCCGAAGGGGACACACCUUCACUUAUCAACUGGCCUUCCAGAGUUAAAGUUAGAGAAAAAUUGGUGAAAGAGGAGAGUGCUCGCAACAGUCCUGAACUGGCCUCAGAGUCCUUUACGCAGAGGAGACAGCAGCCAGGGCCAGACCGUUACAUAUCCUUUCCAUCAGAAAAAACAGCCUUCGAUAGGGUCCUGAGCAAGGCAGCCAGCUCUGCACGACAACCAAUCCGUGGCUAUGUCCAACAAGUAGAUCCCAUUCACACCGCCAAGCUGGUGCCCUCAGAUAUCUCAGAAAAUGUAUCUGAGUGCAGCUGGGUGGAAUUAGCCACCCAGAAUGUCAUAAAGCCUCCCACCUUGAAGGUUCUACAAGGUGAAAGAAGGGAUACCCCAGUUCUCCAUAUUUGUGAAUCGAAAGCAGAAGAAGAUGUGCUCUUGGCCGAAGCUCUCGAGAAAAGCAGGGAAACACUUUUGGCUUUGGAGGACCACGGGCUUGCGAGAAGUCGCAAAGACCCCUCUGAAAAUGAAGCCUUUGGUAAGCCUGCAGUUAGCACAGUCAUCUUAGAGCUUCAGAAGGAAGCAGAGAGCCUGCCACCCCCACCCCCGGCUCAGCACCAGCCCAUGGAGCAAAUGGGCAGGAGAGAGAUGGUGGUGCAUGUGCAGAAUGAGCCUGGGUCCCCAGAUACCAGGGUGACAGGUCACAAGAAGGAAGCACCCGUGAGGAGGCGCAAGGUCCUCACACGGUCCCUGUCUGACUACACGGGCCCACCUCAGCUCCAGGCCCUAAAGUACAAGGAUGCAGCUUCAAAGCAAGAGCCCGAGCCUCAGAUUGCUAAAGCCGAAGGGCCCCACUCGGAAGUUGGCAUGCUGGACACAAAGGUCUCUGUCGCCCAGCUGCGAAAUGCGUUUCUGGAAUCUGCCAGUGCUAUCAAGAAACCCGAACUCCAAUCACGGGUUGAAAGGUCAACCGAAGGCAUAGGCUUGCCUACCAAUGUGGAACAGGAGAGAGGGACCCGGAAACCAAGACGCUAUUUUUCUCCUGGUGAAAGUAGAAAAACUUCUGAGAGAUUUAGAACUCAGCCCAUUACCUCAGCAGAACGAAAGGAAUCAGAUAGGUCCACUUCAAAUUCAGAAGUGCCAGCUGCUGAGGAUGAAGAAAAGGUAGAUGAACGAGCCAAGCUGAGCGUUGCUGCCAAGAGGCUGCUUUUCAGGGAAAUGGAAAAAUCAUUUGAUGAGAAAAACGUUCCAAAGCGACGCUCAAGAAAUGCGGCCGUAGAGCAGAGGCUGCGGCGUCUGCAGGACAGAUCCCACACCCAGCCGGUUACCACUGAGGAAGUGGUCAUCGCAGCCACUGAACCUAUCCCUGCCUCAUGCUCUGUGGCCACCAACCCUGUAAUGACAAGACUUCCUAGUCCCACUGUAGCUCAGAGCACUGUGCAGCCUGCCAGAUUGCAGGCGUCUGCUCACCAAAAGGCUUUAGCCAGAGAACAGGCAAAUGACGGCAAAGAUUCUACUGAGCGAGGUGAACCUGAUUCCAGCACUCUAAGCUUAGCAGAGAAGCUGGCCUUGUUUAACAAGCUGUCCCAGCCAGUCUCAAAAGCGAUUUCUACCCGAAACAGAAUAGAUGUGAGACAGAGGAGAAUGAAUGCUCGCUAUCAAACUCAGCCAGUCACACUUGGAGAAGUGGAACAGGUGCAAAGUGGAAAGCGCAUUCCUUUCUCACCUACUGUGAGCACGUCUGUGUCCAUGGUGGCAUCUCUAGUUGCUCCAGUAUAUGCCGGGGAUCUUCGGACAAAGCCACCCGUGGGUGAUGGCACAAGUGCCACUGACUAUAAGUUUCCCUCUUCGAUAGAAAAUUUGGACUCUCCCAUUAAAAGCAUUCUGAAAACCCCAGCCUGGCAGCCUUCAAGAGAGGGUAGUGGGAGCAAACGAAUGUUGAGAGAAUCUGGAGAGACAGAAAGCAAGAGAGGUGAAGAUGGUGGAGUUAUGAAGUAUGGGUCCUUUGAGGAAGCAGAGCUGCCAUCCUACUCCGUCCUGAACAAAGUCUGGGAAAGAGAUAGCCUUCAAGAACCCAAAUAUGCUGUCCUGAGAAAGGGAAGCCUGGAACUAGCCAACCCUCUCAUCGCCCAUCUUGGGGACGAGCGACAGGAAUUUUCCAUUGCUAGAAGCACUGCACAAGGGAGCCCAGACUUGAAGGACAGGCAGCCCUUUCAAGAGAAGGUGGGCAUGGAGAAUGUCAUUCAAAGGAAGUUUUCACUAAGAGCAGCAGAGGUCGGGGAGCCCACUUUGGAGCAGUUGGGCUCAGCUGCUGGGGAAACUACUGCUCAAACUGCAACUCCAGUGUCCUGGAAGCAGCAGGGCCCUCCCGAACAACCACAGGAGAAGCACCCCAAGAACCCAUGUACGGUGUUCGCUGCCGGGGAGAUGAGAGCACCGACCGUGGAGGGCGAUUCGCCCAGCAAAACCAUGUCGAUUAAAGAAAGAUUAGCACUGUUGAAGAAGAGCGGUGAGGAAGAUUGGAAAAAUAGACUUUCCAGAAAGCAGGAGUAUGGCAAAGCGUCUGUCACUAGCAGCCUGCACAUGCAAGAAGUGGAACAGUCGCUCAAGAAGAAGCGGAUCACGGAAAGUCGAGAGAGCCAAAUGAGUAUCGAAGAGAGGAAGCAUCUCAUCACCGGGAGAGAGGAAGCAUGGAAGGCAAAAGGCAAAGGAGCUGCCAACGAUUCCACCCAGUUCACUGUGGCCGGCAGAAUGGUGAAGAAAGGUCUGGCAUCACCCACGGCCAUAACUCCAGUAGCGUCCCCUCUUGGCAGUAAAACAAGAGGCAUGACACCAGUUUCCAAACCCCUGGAAGAUAUUGAAGCCAGACCAGACAUGCAGUUAGAAUCAGACCUGAAGUUGGACAGGCUGGAAACCUUUCUGAGAAGGCUGAAUAACAAAGUUGGUGGAAUGCAAGAAACGGUCCUCACUGUCACCGGUAAAUCUGUUAAAGAGGUGAUGAAGUUGGACGAUGACGAGACCUUUGCCAAAUUUUACCGCAGCAUGGAUUAUACUGUACCCAGAAGCCCUGUGGAGCUAGAUGAGGACUUUGAUGUACUUUUCGAUCCUUAUGCCCCCAAGCUGACAUCCUCUGUGGCCGAGCACAAGCGAUCAGUCAGGCCCAAGCGCCGGGUCCAGGCUUCCAAAAACCCCCUGAAAAUGCUGGCAGCAAGAGAGGACCUCCUUCAGGAAUACACUGAGCAGAGAUUAAACGUUGCCUUCAUGGAGUCAAAGCGUAUGAAAGUUGAAAAGAUGUCCUCCAACUCCAACUUCUCAGAAGUCACUCUGGCAGGUUUAGCCAGUAAAGAAAACUUCAGCAACGUCAGCCUGCGGAGUGUCAACCUGACAGAACAGAAUUCUAACAACAGUGCCGUGCCCUACAAGAAGCUGAUGUUGGUACAGAUUAAAGGAAGAAGACAUGUGCAGACAAGACUUGUGGAACCUCGAGCUUCAUCACUCAACAGUGGGGACUGCUUCCUGCUGCUCUGUCCCCAUUACUGCUUCCUGUGGUCAGGGGAAUUUGCAAAUGUCAUAGAAAAGGCAAAGGCCUCAGAACUUGCAACUUUAAUUCAGACAAAGAGGGAACUUGGUUGUAGAGCUACUUAUGUCCAGACUAUUGAAGAAGGAAUUAAUACACACACUCAUGCAGCCAAAGACUUCUGGAAACUUCUGGGUGGCCAAACCAGUUACCAAUCUGCUGGAGACCCAAAAGAAGACGAACUGUAUGAGACAGCCAUAAUAGAAACAAACUGCAUUUACCGUCUGAUGGAUGACAAACUUGUUCCUGAUGAUGACUACUGGGGGAGGAUCCCAAAGUGCUCCCUUCUGCAAUCAAAAGAGGUACUGGUGUUUGAUUUUGGUAGUGAAGUUUAUGUGUGGCAUGGAAAAGAAGUCACAUUAGCACAACGGAAAAUAGCAUUUCAGCUGGCAAAGCACUUAUGGAAUGGAACCUUUGACUAUGAGAACUGUGACAUCAACCCAUUGGAUCCUGGAGAAUGCAAUCCGCUUAUUCCCAGGAAAGGACAGGGGCGGCCUGACUGGGCAAUAUUUGGGAGACUUACAGAACACAAUGAGACUAUUCUGUUCAAAGAGAAAUUUCUCGAUUGGACUGAACUGAAGAGACCUAAUGAGAAGACUGCCUACGACCUUGCCCAGCAGAAGGAAUUCCGGGAAGAGCCAAGGGCAGAAGUCAAGCCAUAUGAUGUGACGCUGAUGGUGCCGGUGCCCCAGACGACAAGCAGCACUGUACUGGACGGGGUGAAUGUUGGCCGUGGCCACGGCCUGGUGGAAGGGGACGACAGGAGGCAGUUUGAGAUCACCAGCGUCUCUGUGGAUGUCUGGCAUAUCCUUGAAUUUGACUACAGCAGGCUUCCCAAACAGAGCAUCGGGCAGUUCCAUGAGGGGGACGCCUAUGUGGUCAAGUGGAAGUACAUGGUGAGCACCACAGUGGGAAGUCGACAGAAGGGAGAGCAUCCAAUUCGGGUGGCUGGCAAAGAGAAGUGUGUCUACUUCUUCUGGCAAGGCCGGCAGUCAGCUGUGAGUGAGAAGGGCACGUCAGCCCUCAUGACGGUGGAGCUGGAUGAGGAGAGGGGGGCCCAGGUCCAAGUACUUCAGGGAAAGGAGCCCCCCUGUUUUCUGCAGUGCUUCCAGGGGGGUAUGGUGGUCCACGCCGGGAGGAGGGAAGAGGAGGAAGAAAAUGCACAGAGCGAGUGGAGGCUGUACUGUGUACGUGGAGAAGUGCCCGUCGAAGGAAACUUGCUGGAAGUGGCCUGUCACUGCAGUAGUUUGAGGUCCAGGACUUCCAUGGUUGUGCUCAAUGUAAAUAAAGCCCUCAUCUACUUGUGGCAUGGAUGCAAAGCCCAGGCCCACACGAAGGAAGUUGGAAGGACUGCCGCAAAUAAAAUCAAAGAACAAUGUCCCCUGGAGGCAGGGCUGCACAGCAGCAGCAAAGUGACAAUACAUGAGUGUGACGAAGGAUCCGAGCCCCUGGGUUUCUGGGAUGCGUUGGGAAGGCGAGACAGGAAAGCCUAUGACUGCAUGCUGCAAGAUCCUGGAAAUUUUAACUUCACACCCCGCCUGUUCAUCCUCAGCAGUUCCUCCGGCGAUUUCUCAGCCACGGAGUUCAUAUAUCCUGCCCGAGACACCUCUGUGGUUAACUCAAUGCCCUUCCUGCAGGAAGAUCUGUACAGUGCACCACAGCCAGCACUUUUCCUAGUUGACAAUCACCAUGAGGUGUACCUCUGGCAAGGCUGGUGGCCCAUCGAGAACAAGAUCGCUGGCUCUGCCCGCAUCCGCUGGGCCUCCGACCGCAAGAGCGCCAUGGAGACAGUGCUCCAGUACUGCAAAGGAAAAAAUAUCAAGAAGCCGCCCCCCAAGUCUUACCUUAUUCACGCUGGCCUGGAACCCCUGACGUUCACCAAUAUGUUUCCCAGCUGGGAGCACAGGGAGGACAUUGCCGAAAUCACAGAAAUGGAUACAGAAGUUUCGAAUCAGAUCACACUCGUGGAAGAUGUCUUAGCCAAGCUGUGUAAAACCGUUUACCCACUGGCUGAACUCUUCGCCAGGCCACUGCCUGAGGGAGUUGAUCCUUUAAAGCUUGAGAUUUAUCUCACUGAUGAAGACUUUGAGUUUGCACUAGACAUGACCAGAGAGGAAUACAAUGCACUGCCUGCCUGGAAGCAGGUGAACCUGAAGAAAGCAAAAGGUCUGUUCUGAGUCGGGGAGAUGCUGGUGGCACCGUGUCAUUGCUUUCGAUACCACUGGACCAGAAAAAUGGAUAUUUCUUUGGAUUGGUAUUUGAAAAAAUAGUUUUGAAUCAAGAGUUUUCAAAACCUGAAGCUGUUAGCUCUACUGCUUGUCCUGGGGUUGUGUAUUUUGUAAAUGUUUAAGAGCCCUAUUUGGAAUUCCCUUUCCACGACUCAGCAGGUAUGUUAAGAAAAGUAUCCUCACAUGCACUUGGGCAGCGCUUCCUCAGCAGCUGCUAGGAGCACAGCCCUCCUGUUCCUGUGCCGCCUUUUUGGAAGCAGUUCUCUUUAUAAAGUGUUAUUUUGAUAGUUUGUGGAUUCUAAGAUAUAUAUAUAUAUAUUUAUAUAAACACCAUAUAAAUCAAAUAUGUAUUUAACAAAGCAAUAUGUAUUCAUUCACUUUGAAGACUUUUUUUUCAGUGUCAAAAUAGUACUAAAAGGUAGAUAGAGUUGCUUCUAUGGAAUGAGUUUUGCCACCGAUAUGUAUCCUCACACGUGUUCAGAAAUGUCUCCUCCAGCGUGAGGUCUGACUUCUUCUGAGUGCUGCCUCGGUGCUACAGUGAGCAAAGAUUUGUACUUCCUGGCAUGGGCUGGGAAGCAUUUGUGCAAAUCCACCUCUCUACCUAUUUCCCCAAAAUGUAUAGUGCCUUGUUUUUAUGUACAGUUUAUAUACAGAAAAGUUUGCUCUGAAUUUUUUUGAUGACAGUUUGGAACAUUAUCUACAAUUUUACUCUAAAAUAGUAGAAAUAAAAAACAAAACAUCUCAAUUUCUAAUACCUGUCAUAAACAUUAAACGUGUCAUUUUGCAAUAUUGGACUCCAAAAUAAAAGCUUCAGAAUAAACACCACUGAUUGGUUCA